GUUGCCUUUGCAGAGAUGGGUUCCCUACACCAAAGUCUGACGGAGAGCACUGCCAUCUGGCCCUCACCGCUUUCCUGAGCCGUCACCGACGGCUACCGACGGGUGGUCGUUCGCAUAUCAGGAUAUAUGAAGCGCCUUCUUCCUCUGUUCCUCCUAGAGCUGGUCUCUCACCUUGCUGUCUUCCCAACUUCAUCUUCCUUGGGACCAAUCCUGAUAUAUCAUGAUUUAUUCACAUUCGAUAUCCACUGCUGUUAUCGUUAUCGCAGCCGUUUCCUCAGUAUUUGCUGUUCCUAUCAACGUCGCAUCAGUUCAACCGUUUACUGCUACUACCACUACUCAGCCUGGCGUGGUCACGGCAACCCAAAAGUCUUCUGUCAGUGCCUCCAGCUCUGGCAACCUUCCUGGCAUUUCUGGAAUGCCUAUCGGCUCUUUUCAAGCGCCCCACUCUGUUGAAGACGACGCCGAGCCUCGCAAAAGCGGGGCCAAUGCAGGCGGGGUCCAGGAUGUGAAUAUGGAUCAGCUUGAACAUCUUUCUACUGGAUCUGGCACCACCCCACGUGUGCCGCCCUUCAACAAGUCGGCUUCUCAUCAUACUAGUCCCACCGAAGAAGGUGAACUGCCUGUUUCCCAAACUGAAGUCGCCUCUGCCAAUAAUCCCGCCAUUCCUGAAAGGCCUCGUUUUGGACUGCGCCAGGUUGAUACUGGUUAUUCGCCUCAAACCACCGGAAAUCCUGUUCGUGGCGUUCGGCAUAAGGGCGUGACUGCAUACGGUUCAUCCAACGCUGUUCGUCCUGUCUCGACGACCAAGCCACGCGGUUUUCGUCGUCCGGGCAUGAAUGCGUAUUCGGGACAACAAUGAAAAAACAUAUUUUCAAGGAUGGUUACCUGCAGAUGAUGGUACGGAUCAGGACUGAAUCUUUUUUCCUCGAAAUCGG